CCUGUACAGCAACACAGAAUAUAUUGACUUAGGGUAAACUUAGUAAUUAAAGUGGGAAUAGCAUUUUAUGUAUUUUAAGGUUCCAGAGGAACUUGUUGAUGAAGGCCAGGAGUACUGGGGUCUAAGGAUUAUUUCUUAAAAUGAUGAGCACUGUUCUUAAAAACAAUGGAAUUUCUUUCUUCAAAUAUAGGAAAGAGGAGAACUGGAUCUGAGGAAGAGAUGGAGAAAUAAUAACCAUACAAUUUUCUCAUCUUCAUUAUAACAAUUCAUUUUUAGGACACAGAAGAUAUGCAUUGGAUUUCAACAGCCAUGCACAACCUGAGUAGCUACAACACAGGCCCCUUCACCCUUUCAGGCAUCCCUGGACUUGAGCAGUACCAUGUCUGGAUCAGCAUCCCUUUCUGCUUUAUUUAUUUUGUGGCCAUUGUGUGCAAUAGUAUUCUUGUCUAUCUCAUUGUGGUGGAGCACAGUCUUCACACACCCAUGUUCUUUUUCCUUUCUAUGCUGGCCUUGACAGAUCUCAUAUUGUCCACCACGUGUGUUCCCAAAACCCUUAGCAUCUUCUGGUUUGGUCCACAGAAAAUCAGUUUUCCUGGCUGUCUCACCCAGCUAUUCUUUUUGCACUACACUUUUGUCCUAGACUCAGCUAUACUGCUGGCCAUGGCAUUUGACCGCUAUGUGGCCAUCUGCUCUCCUUUGAGAUACACCACUAUUCUGACCUCCAAAGCCAUUGUCAAAAUUGCUGUGGGAAUCUCUUUACGGAGUUUCUGUGUUUUUGUCCCAUGUGUUUUCCUGGUGAAUCGCCUACCUUUCUGUAAGACACACAUCAUUGCUCACACAUACUGUGAGCACAUAGGUGUUGCCCGGCUUGCCUGUGCGGACAUCUCCAUCAACAUCUGGUAUGGUUUUUCUGUCCCCAUCAUGACAGUGAUUAUAGAUGUGAUCCUAAUUGCUGUCUCCUACACACUCAUCCUCGGUGCUGUUUUUCGCCUUCCCUCCCGAGAUGCACGCCAGAAGGCCCUUGGCACCUGUGGGUCCCAUAUCUGUGUCAUCCUCAUGUUCUAUAUUCCAGCAUUCUUCUCCAUCCUUGCCCAUCGCUUUGGACAUAAUGUCCCUCGUACCUUUCAUAUCAUGUUUGCCAACCUCUACGUGAUUAUUCCACCUGCACUCAACCCUAUUGUCUAUGGAGUAAAGACCAAGCAGAUCCGGGACAAAGUCAUUCUUCUGCUCUUUCCCAAGAGAUCCCAGUUAUAGAUGCUUGUAUCCUGGGGGAUCAGGGGAAAGUUCCUAAGUAUGUUAGGUCAAAGACUAAACCUGUAGCCAGCGACUUCAGAGAAAGAACACAUGAAAAAAUUCUUGAUUAAUCAGAACUUGUGUUUCCUUUGUUGUUUUAGGCAGAAGUC